UUCCCUCUUCCGUCGCGCUUCUCCUCCUCCUCUCGCGCAAGUCCUAAUCUCCAGCUCUGUCACAGUCAUAUUCACACCCUCCGACGUCUCUCACCGUGGACGACUACGACGCAGCACGAGUCGAUGUCUCUCACUCUGUCUCUCUCGCGUGUGACGCACACCGUGACUCCUCUGUGUCUCUCUCUCGCCCUCUCAGUCUCAAGAGUGUCCGCAGCUCAAGCCUCCUUCUCCUUUUCCUCUCCUCUCUCGCGAACCUCCAACUCUGUCCCACUCUCCAAGUCCAAGUCGCCUCCCUCUCCGUCGCCUCUAGGGUAAAAUUCUUGGGUACCUUAUCGCAUGACUGAACUAAGCUGGAGCAUAUUUGAAGAUGCGAAGAAUAAAAUCAUGAUUCUGCUAUUCUCAGCAAUAGAUAUUACAAAUACAUAGAUAGACAAGCAUAACAUUGCUGUAAAGGAUCAAAUCCUGUUGUAUUUGUAAUUCUGUUCAUAUCUUUGUUCCACUCUUUGGUGUGAGGACUUUAAGGGCUCAUUUAUUUUCACCCCUUACUCCUCUCUUACGUUACAUCUGAUUUUUUUUUUUUUGGGUCCUGGGAUUGAAGAUUCUGAGAAGCAUAUUGUUCUAGGAGAGUAAAAUUACUUUUUUUUUUUUUGGGGUUUAGUUUAGCCUCUUGUAGUGACAACAAAAAGGCUCUCUUUUUCUUUGCAUUGCAGAUUAUUGAUGAUCAGAAAUUGCAAACUUAAAUGGAAGCAACAGUUUUGCUGAAUGUUUCAAUCAAUAUGUUUAUAAGCAUAUGUUUUGCUGUGUUUCUAUCUCCAAUUUUGUGGAAUAUUAGUAUCCAUUGGAUUUGAUGGACUGGCACGAUUUACCCACAUAGUAGAAUCUGUCACAGUUUACAGAGUAGAGAAAUUGCAUUCUCUGUGUUCAUUCACGGCCUCCAACAAAACAACCAACUAACUAGCCUCCGACUACUGCUGUUCCUCUUCACUACUUGCUUUAUUCAGAUUCUCUCAUUUCUGAUUUCUCCUCGUAGAUUUACUUCUCUCAAGUAAUGGACUUCUCAGAAAACUGGAAGUCCUUCUUCCCAGUAUCUAUAUCUCCUUCAUCCCCUAUCCUUAUUCCCUCUUCUGCACGGCCCACCUUGGGUCCCCUUAUCUUUAAUCCUAUCCCUGAAACCCUAACCCAUGUUUUCUCCUCCUCUUCUCUCUUACCCCCUCCUCUUCAUAUCCCCCAACUCUCUCUUUCUCGAUUGCUCAUAACCUCUUGUCCUGAUGCUCCUGUUCUUCCCUCCACUGCGUCCUCUAUUGCUUCUCACUGUGGUCCCCAAUUCCAAAACGAUAUUGCCUCCAUCCUUCAAUGCAACCGCCUUGAGUUUCUCAAGUAUGGCAAUAGUGUUAUUGUCUUCUUUCCCACUGGUGUGAACUCUGAGAAAGUUGGGUUUUUGAUUCUCCAUGUUGAAGGUUCAAGUCUACACCUUCAACUUGAUGGUAAUGGUGAUAUUUUUCGAGCUACAAGUGGAGAAUCUUACAGCAUAUCAAGGAUUUUAGUUAACCCAAUUGAUGAUGAAGAAGAUGAUUUAGGUGAGUCUUCUUCUACUAUUGGGUAUUUGUUGGCUUUCACAUGCUAUUCUGCUCAUUGGUUUUCUGUCCAAUAUAACUCAAGUUUUGAGAGACCUAGCGUAGUCUAUAUGGGUGGCAAAAUUUUUAAGACCUGCUCUGUUGUCCAUGCUUGUUGGAGUCCACACACGCUUGAAGAAAGUCUUGUUUUGUUAGAAAGUGGUGAGCUGUUCUUGUUUGAUUUGGAGUAUUAUAUGAAGGAUUCUAGUUCAAAUGGCAAUUUUAGGGGAACUAGGUUGAGAGUACCGUGGCAUGAUUCAAAUUGUUCUGAUGACAAAGUUUGGUUGAGCUGUGAAUUUAGUUGGCACCCUAGAAUUUUCAUUGUGGCACGUUCUGAUGUGGUUUUUUUAGUUGAUUUAAGUGCGGAUAAAUGUGUUGUGAGUUGUCUAUUGAAGGUUGAGGUUUUGCAUAUGCAUACACCCACUCAAAGUGAAAGAUUUCUGGCCCUUUCAAGGGCAAGUCCUGAUGGCUUCUACUUUGCUGUAGCAUCCAAUGCUUUCUUACUUCUAUGUGAUGUGCGGAAGCAUAUGAUGCCAAUUAUACGAUGGGCCCAUGGUCUUGAUAGACCUUGCUUCAUGAAUGUGUUAAACUUGUCUAUGUUGAGAUCACAUUCAAGGGAAGAUACUUUCAAGUCAGCUUCUGAAGUUGGAUUUUGUAUUAUAUUGGGAUCAUUUUGGCAUGGCAUGUUCAACCUCUUCUUCUAUGGACCUUCAUUGCCAUCUCAAAGAGGUUCUCUUGCGUCAAAGCUUUCUAAGACUAGCAAGACGUUUUAUGCCUGGGAGCUUCCACAUGAAAUUGUGUUAUCUGGUCGUGAUUGCCUUUGUGGAAGUUGUCUUUUAAAAGAAGAGUUGUCCAAGGCUGCUCUUCCUGAAUGGAUUGAUUGGCAAAUGAAGAAGGAGAUGGUUUUGGGCUUUGGCAUUAUGAACAAUGAUUUAGCCUCCUUACUUUGUGAACCAUAUAAAUAUGGUGGUUUUACAUUGGUGAGGCUAAUGUCAUCUGGGAAGCUUGAAUUGCAGAGAUAUGAGGCUUCCUGGGUUCAUGAUAGAAAGUUAGAAGAUUGCCAUGAACAAGGGUUGCGUUUGGACAAAUAUUUAUUGUUCACUGUAGGUGAUGAGAAAUAUAAGUAUCGCAAAAGUGUUGUGUUCCAUAAAUUGAACUUCAUCAAUGCAUAUAGAAGAGGCAAUCUUACUGAAUUCCUAGUUAAAAAGCUGAAAGAUCCUUGUAUGGAUGAUCAGGAGAUGGGGCCCUUUGACGUGGAUGUUCAUGAGUUCUUGUGUGAGAAAUUGAAUGCUUGUGGGGUCGGCCCAUUUAGAUCUUCUCCUGCCAUUAUUGCUUUUUUUAAAGAUGUAAAGCCAUCAGCAAACCUCCAUGACGUUGCUCUAAGACGAUUGUGGGCUGAGUUGCCUUUGGAUCUGUUGCAAUUGGCAUUUUCUAAGCAUUCUGAAUCCCUUGACGUGGCUAUCGACCAAAAGAAGACAACUUUGGAGUUUUUAGCUGUUCCCUCCUGUCCUGAAUUGCCUCCAUUUUUCUUAAGGAAAUCAUCCUCUUGCAGCAAUAAAGGGUCCAAUAAGGCGCAGCGUGAUGGUGAUAUAAUGGGUCCUAUUCUUCCUCUUCCUAUUCUACUUGUGCUUCAUGAAAUUUAUGAUGGGUGUUCUGAUUUGGAAGAUGGCAAAUUUUCCGUAGAAGCAGAGGUUGACAUCAAAUACAAUGAAAUUAUGAAGGUGGCCGCAGCCAUAUCGGUUUCUAUUUCUGGUUCUGAGUCGUCUGGAAAUUAUGAAGUAUCCCUUGCUGAUGAUGCAAAUGAAACUUGGGUUGAUCCUUCGAAACUAAAACCUUUCUUGCUAUAUCGUCCAGCUGCAUUGAACUGCUCUGGCACAAAUCUUGUUUAUGAGAACUCCAUAUAUCGAGGUAAGAUUCAUGAUACAUUAAUUUUUCAUGUUCUGGAGGAAAAGACGGUUUCCAAUGAUAAGUCUGAGUCUGAGCUAGUGGGUCCAGAGAUAUUUGAUGACCUUUGCUUAGUUGACUUGAGAUUUAAUGCUCCUAGUAAGAAAUUUGAAGGCGGGGGUUUAAAGGCAUUCGAUGUAUUGAAGAGGCAGCUGUCUAAAUGGCAAGAAGGUGUUGAUUCAUACAAAGAGCUUACUGUUCAGUCUGGAUUUCUGAAGCCAGUCAGUAAAUGAGUCCUCAGCACAAAAUUAUUGGUGAUAAAACCUGAAGGUGUAAAUAUUUUUAAGCAAACAAAUUUUAAGGUCAGAUUUCUUCAACCUCUUUUUGUCCUUUGUUUGAUAUCCACAAUUUUAUAAUUUUUAUACCCAGUCGAGGGAUUAAAUUUAUGGAUGCACAAAUUCUCAUUUAGGCCCUCUUUUCUAGUGAAAAAAAUGGGGCUCAAAGCCAAGAAGAACAAGUCGAAACAAGCGUCUAAGACCUUGAGCCCCAGAGUGGGUCAGUGUUCAUAAAAGAGUUAUUGUUCAUUCAAGCAGCGUGGCUCAAUAGUGGGCUUGUUCUAACUCUUAUAUUCCCUUUCGAAUUUGAACUUAAUGAACUUUCAUAUAUGAAUUGAAGCUGGAUUUCUUCGUCA